AUGGCAUCAGAACAGAGACGGUUGAAAGAAGACAAAGUCAGAAGCAAGGCGUGGAAGAAAUGGGGACCUUAUCUUGCCGAGAGACAAUGGGCCACAGUAAGAGAGGAUUACUCCAGUGACGGCAAUUGCUGGGAGUAUUUCCCUCAUGAUGUUGCCAGAUCUAGGGCCUACAGAUGGGGUGAGGAUGGUCUGCUGGGCAUCACUGACUACCAGUGCAGGCUGUGUCUGGCCAUGUGUCUGUGGAAUGAGAAAGAUCCAAUAUUGAAGGAGAGGCUGUUUGGGCUUACGGGCAGUGAGGGAAACCACGGUGAAGAUGUCAAGGAGUUGUACUAUUAUCUGGACAGCACACCCACCCACUCCUACAUGUCAGCACUGUACAAAUAUCCACACGACACCUAUCCUUAUGAUCAUUUGGUGGCAGAAAACAGGUACAGAACAAAACAGCAACCAGAGUAUGAGCUUCUCGACACAGGCGUGUUUGAUGAUGGCAAGUACUGGGAUGUCAGAGCAGAAUUCUGCAAAUCCAAGCCUGAAGACAUUUUGGUUAAAUAUAUAAUAUCAAAUAGAGGCUCGGAGACGGCCAGAAUCCAUGUUUUACCAACACUUUGGUUCCGCAACAUGUGGUCUUGGGGGGAAGACUGUGAUGCAUAUGUUGAUCCCAAACCAAGUCUGCACCAGUCUGCCCCAGGCCAUGUAGAUGUAGAACAUCAAUCAUUAGGUAGUUAUGUUUUUGAGGUGGAUGUAGAUCAGAAUGGACAGAAGCCGGACAUACUGUUUACUGAAAAUGAAACUAACUGCAAACGUGUAUUUCAUCAACCCAAUUCUAGUCCUUAUGUAAAAGAUGGUUUCCAUAGACUUUUGCUGUUCGGUGAACAAUUUGCCGUCAAUCCAGACAAAAAGGGCACAAAAUGUGCACCACAUUAUAUUCUAGAAAUUCCAGGGGGAGAGGAAUUUGUAAUCAAAGCUCGCUUGUUUGAGAAAUCACAGGGACCUGAUCCGGAACACAUGUUCUCAAAAGAAGGAUUUGAUGAUGUGUUUUCUCUCAGGAAACGGGAAGCUGAUGAGUUUUAUGAUCAGGUGAUUGUCUGCGAAGACCCCCAACAAGUCAUGGUCACCAGACAAGCCUAUGCCGGCCUGCUCUGGAGUAAGCAGUUCUACCACUACGUCGUUUCGGAAUGGCUGGACGGACAUGAGAACGUAGUUCCCUCACCAUUAGCACAUUCCAGGAUGCGUAACUCUGACUGGAGACACUUAUACAACAAGGAAAUCAUCAGCAUGCCUGACAAGUGGGAGUAUCCCUGGUAUGCUUGCUGGGAUCUAGCUUUUCACAUGCUGCCCUUUGCCAGCAUUGACCUCGAGUUCUGCAAGAAUCAAAUGCUUUUGUUCCUAAGAGAGUGGUACAUGCAUCCAAAUGGCCAGAUUCCAGCUUAUGAGUUUGCUUUUGGAGACGUGAACCCUCCAGUCCAUGCUUAUGCUGUGUUGAAGAUUUACAAAGCCUCAGGAGAUAGCCCUGCUAGACGGGACCAGGUAUUUCUAGCACGAUGCUUUCAGAAACUGGUUCUGAAUUUUACAUGGUGGGUUAAUCGCAAAGAUCCAGAUGGCCUAAACAUUUUUGAGGGAGGAUUCCUUGGUCUUGAUAACAUUGGAGUCUUUGAUAGAUCCAAACCCUUACCUACAGGUGGAAAGCUAGCGCAAGCAGAUGGUACAGCCUGGAUGGCUUUCUUCUGUGAACUGAUGGUGGAGAUUAGUCUGAUCCUGGCCCAGAGGGAUCAGAUCUACGAAGACAUGGCCAGCAAGUUCUUUGAACACUUUAUUUACAUUAUGGAUGCCAUCAACUUUGGAGUGGCACAUCUUUGGGAUGAAGAAGAUGGAUUUUAUUAUGAUAGCAUUAUUUUUGAAGACCAUCAGAUACCUUUGAAGAUUAGAUCCAUGGUGGGAAUGGUACCGUUGUUUUCAUCUUUGGUACUGUGGGACUCAGAAGCAAAGCAGCAUCCUGGCUUUUACCAAAGAACACAGUGGUUUCUCAACAAAAGAAAGGGAUUGGCUUCCAAGACGCAAAUUCUCCAUAGAGCACAGUCACCAAACAAAAACGAGGAAUCAAAUGAGCAAGCAAUUAUGUUGUCGCUAGUCACUCGGGAUCAGCUGAUCAGGAUCCUCACUUACUUACUUGAUGAGGAGGAGUUCCUUUCUCCUUACGGCAUUCGCUCCCUUUCAAAGUACCAUGAGAAGAACCCGUUCACUUUCACUGUGGAAGACUACACGUACACAGUGAGGUAUGACCCAGCAGAGUCUCUCUCUGAUAUGUUUGGAGGAAACAGCAACUGGAGGGGACCUAUCUGGUUGCCAAUGAAUUAUAUGUUGAUUGAAAACUUGGAGCGAUACGAUACAUUCUUCGGAGACACUCUGAAAGUGGAGUGCCCUACAGGGUCAGGCAAUCUGUUGCGAUUGGGAGAGGUGGCCAGGGAGUUGUCUCUCAGACUUUCCAAAGUGUUCUUGCCUGGAGAAGAUGGUCACAGGCCUUGCCACGGUGGUGAUCCCAAAUAUGCAACUGAUCCCCAUUGGAAAGAUUUGAUUUUAUUCUACGAAUACUUUCACGGAGAAACAGGGAGAGGAUGUGGGGCCAGUCACCAGACUGGUUGGUCCGCAUUAGUUGUCAACUUCCUACGCUAUGUGAACUAUCAUCCAAUGAUUGUUGACCAUGCAAGUGCAAUGAUCAAUGUUCAGCCCUGA